AUGAAAAUUUUUGCAAUACCUAUACUAAGAAAUCAAUUCGCUUAUUUUUGUCAUGGAAAACCUAAAAAAGGAACUUAUUUAUCAAAAAUUACUGACUUGGCUACUAAAAAAUGGGAUCAACUUUGUCACGCUGAAAGGAGUAGUUGGAAAGGGAGGUUGUAUAUUACUGGUCAACAAUUAUUGGACAAAAUUGACCAUCAAGAAUAUUUUUUAAAAAGUAUACCAUUGAAAGAAGAGGUUGUAAAGUCCGAACAAGUUAUGACAACUCUCGAACAAAUGCUUGGACAACGAAUACCAUAUCAUCGCAAAUAUAUGAUAUAUUCUGCAUUGUGUGUACCUUUAACCUCUACUUUUACAUUAAUACCAGUUCUACCGAAUAUACCUUUAUUUUAUAAUUUAUUUCGUUUAUACAGUCAUUAUAAAGCAUUUAAGGGUGCUCAACAUCUUCAACUUAUUAUAGGCAACAAACGAUUAACUCCUAUCGAUUCUCAUCUAUUAGAUCAAAUUUAUAGUGGCAUAGAUUUAAAUAAUUGUGAUAUUCUUGAUGAAAAUCGAAUCCAUAGGAUGGCCCAUGAAUUAAGUGUUUUAGGAAUGGAUGUCGAUGUUAAAAGAGCCAGGCACCAAAUGUUGGAAAAAAUAAAGUCCGAGUCAAAAGGAAACCAAGCUGAAGUUGAUAAUAAUAAUAAAAAGCAAAAGGCAGAUAAACGAUGA